AUGAGUUCAGAAUACAUGAAACUCUUUUUGAUUUCCGUCCUUUUGGGGAGUAACUAUGCUAACGAUGGGAUCUGUGGCAAUAACACAGUUAUUCAAAAAUGUUGCACGAGCUAUAUGUACGAUGACACAUUGCAGCAAUGUGUAGCUUGUAUUGGAAGGUUCGGUGACAACUGUAGCCAAAGUUGUCCUCUCGGAUACUAUGAACGACAGUUUAAUGAAACUUGUACUUGUAAUUCUACUGUGUGCGACGAAGUGACAGGAUGUUUAAAAGCUACAUCAGAUCAAACUGAAUCAUAUGAGAAUAUAACAUUCAGGGAAUUGGAUUUGUGCAAACCAAUAGAUUCAGGAUUGAUUAUACGUCAUACUUUGACCGUAUCGGUAUUCUUCCUUUCCUUACUGAUUGGCAUAACUGUAACCAUCGCCUACAGACUGAAAAGAAAAACCGAGACCAGAAUCCCCGUUGUCAGCACAAAAGACAGCUUAUUUCUCGAUCGCAAUACUUGCGCCUCCUCAUCGAUCUAUAUCGAUGUGAUACACCCCAGAACUACACCAGUUCGGGUCGUGGAACUAAUAGACCAAACAGAUUACUCGGAAAUAAACUGAGGCAAACUGUUCCCAUAAAC